GCGGCCCAUGGACACGCCUCCCAGGUUGUAGGAGGCGGAGCCAAGAUGGCGGAGAGGAACCCGGAAGUUGCCUGAGCUCCCCGAAAUCUCCCUUGGAAAUUACCUUAAAUUAAACCUACAGAAGGAUGGAGUGAAACGAUCUUCUGGCUUAAGACAACCCGGAAGGUCUUCAGGAAAGACGGAGAAAACCUCCCCUUUACCUAGCAGCCCCCACUUCCAGAGAGAACUCGUGAAGUUCUGCCACCACAAGAUGCUUCCCAAAGGAAAAGGGCCAAUCCAAGGACUCAGCCUCACCAUCCUACUGCGUCUCCCUCCUGGAAAGGACCCGUCCUUCAAGCUGAUGGGUUGAGGAUGGUCCCCUGUCGAUGUCCACAGCCUCUGAGAACAACACCCCACUUGGCCAGCCAGGCGUGGUCUCGAUUUAAUCACCUUUGUCAGUCUCUCAGUCUCACCCAAUUCAAUCAAUCUUCAGGCCAGUUUGCAGACACUCAGAGUGUAUUCCAAGGAGAGAGCCUGGAACCAGAGAGGAUGGCCCCAGGGACCCAGACACCCUCAUCCCAGGAGUUGGUGACCUUCAAGGAUGUGGCUGUGGAUUUCACCCAGGAGGAGUGGUGCCUCUUGGACCAUUCUCAGAGAGAGCUGUACAAGGAGGUCAUGCUGGAGAAUGUCCAGACCCUGCUCUCUGUGGGAUUUCCAGUUUCUAGAGAAGAUUUGCCUCCCCCUUUCCAGGAAGGGGAAACACCAGGGAUGGUAGAAGAAAAAGGUGCAAGGAGCUCCUGUCCAGGUGCAGAGACCAGGUUUGAAGUGAAGGAGAUGACUACAAAGGUGGACAUUGUUGUGGAAGAAUGUUUCUAUCAGAGAUUUCAGAGUAAAAAUGGUGCCUGUGACUUCAAUUUGAGAGAAAUCUGUGGCUCUAAUACCAAAGUGGAUAAAAAUACUAAGAGUAUCUGUAAGUUUGGUGAAAUUGGAGAGGCCUUCACACAGUCUUCAGUCUUAAAUAACAGGAAGAGAAGGACUUCACGGAAUGAAUAUGUUCAGGACAGUGAAGAUAAUAAAUGGUUUCCUAAACAACUAAAGCCUUUUAAGGCUCAUGAGAAGUCUCUACAAAUGCAAAUGGAUCAAGGCAAUCAUCUGGAAAUGGCCUUGAAUUUAAAUUCUGAUCUCAUUAGACAUCAGAGAAGUGAUACUGGAGAAAUGCUUUAUGUAGCUGACAAACAUGGGAAGGCCUUCAGUUGGAACUCUAAGCUCAUUACUCUUCAGAAAAUUCACAGUAGAAAGGAGGCUGUUGAAUACAAUGAAUGUAAAGCAACCUCCUCCCUUCACUCAUCUCUUCCUUGCCAUGCUGGAUUUGACCAUGGAAUGAAAAGAUAUGCAUGUCAUCAUUGUGGAAAGGUCUUUGCUUCAAACUCAGCUCUUAUUAGUCAUCAGAACAUUCACACUGGACAAAAGUUUUAUGAAUGUAAUGAGUGUGGAAAGACUUUUACACGAGAAUGGCAUCUUGUUGUACAUCAGAGAAUCCACACUGGAGAGAAGCCAUAUGGAUGUAAUCAGUGUGGAAAGGCUUUCACACUGAGCUGUAGUCUUGCUAACCAUCAGAGACUCCACACUGGAGAGAAACCUUAUGAAUGUAUUCCGUGUGGAAAAGCUUUCUCAACGAGGUCCAGUCUUGCUAAGCAUGAGAGAAUCCACACUGGAAACAAACCUUAUGAAUGUAAUUAUUGUGGAAAGAUUUUCCUAGGGAGUUGGGGUCUUGAAAAACAUAAGAGAAUCCACACUGGAGAGAAACCUUAUGCGUGUAAUCAGUGUGGAAAGGCUUUUGCACAGAUUUCCGGUCUUUCUAAGCAUCAGAAAGUUCACAUUGGAGAGAAACCUUAUGAAUGUAAUCAGUGUGGUAAGGCUUUCACAAUGAGGUCCACUCUUGUUGCACAUCAGAGAAUCCACACUGGAGAGAAACCUUUUGAAUGUAAUGACUGUGGGAAGGCUUUCACAGAGAGGUCCACUCUUGCUAAGCAUAAGAGAAUCCACACUGGAGAGAAACCUUUUGAAUGUAAUGACUGUGGAAAGACUUUCACAGAGAGUUCUAGUCUUACUAAGCAUAAGAGAACCCACACUGGAGAGAAACCUUAUGAAUGUGAUCAGUGUGGAAGGGCUUUCACACUGAGCUCUAAUCUUGCUGCACAUCAGAGAAUCCAUGCUAGAGAGAAACCUUAUGAAUGUGAUCAUUGUGGAAAGGCUUUCACACAGAGUUCCAGUCUUGAUAAGCAUAAGAGAAUCCACACUGGAGAGAAACCUUUUGGAUGUAAUCACUGUGGAAAGACUUUCAGAGAGAGUUCUAGUCUUUCUAAGCAUAAGAGAAUCCACACUGGAGAGAAACCAUCGGAAUGGAAUCUGUGGAAUGACUUUCACAGAGAGUUCCAGUCUUGUUGCACAUCAGAGAACCUACACACUGAAAAAUAACCUUGUGAAUGUGAUCGGUGUGGAAAGAAGUUCAGAUGCAGCUCCAGUCUUGCUGUGCACAUCGGGGAAUCCACACUGCAAAGAAAUCUUAGGAACAUAAUUAAUGUGGUCAAACCUUCAGGCAAUAAUCAUCUCUUACUUCCCAUCUGAGAAUUCCUAUUAUAUAGUGUAAGAAAAUCAUGGGCUUUGCCAUGAGAUUGAAGCCAUGAGCCUGGACUUUAAGGAGAGCUUUAAGUGGCAAGGGCAGGAAUCAAAAAGAACUUAAGGGGACAAGAGUGCAUGUCAAAUAAGUUAUACUUAAGGUGUUUCUGAAUCAGUUGGUUUUUGGGGGUUUUUUGUUUUUUUGUUUUUCUUGUGUUCGUUUUUGUGGGGCAAUGGGGGUUAAGUGAUUUGCCUAAGAUCACACAGCUAGUAAGUGUCAAGUGCCUGAGGCCAGAUUUGAACUCAGCUCCUCCUGAAUCCAGGGCCAGUGCUUUGAUCUAUUGUGCCACCUAGCUGCCCUGAGAAGUCUUACAGAAGUGAUCACAAGGGUCAUGCUUCCCUCUGAAAGAGGGUGAUCAGUAAACAACCUUAUUCAUACUGGAAUAUUGGUGGAGGAAUGUCACGAUUGUGCGAAGUUCUUCCCCUAGAGUGCAUACAUUACUCUACUUUGGAGCAAUCACACUGGAAAUAAAACUGAGGGAUCUAAUUACCAAGGGAAGGCCUCCUGCUGCAGCACAGCCUUCAUUAGACACCCCCCCCCCCAACAGAAGAGACCUCAUUAAACAUCCCAAAUUCCAUCCUGUGCAUGAAACUCUAUAAGUGCCAUGAUUUUUUCUGAAAUCCUAAUAUUUGUCAUCACUUCUCAAUAUUUCAUGGCACUGAUAGACUAUCAUUCCUUCUGCUGUUCCCCAGUUAGUUGGUAUUCACUUUGUUUCCUUUUGUUUGCUGGCACAAAAGUCCUUGUAUAAAUGUUUUGUUUGGUUACUGUCAUAUAUUAAUUCCUACAAUGCUUUCUUUAAUCAGCUGGGUGGCACAGUGGGUGAAGUGCUGUGUUUGGAACCACAAGACCUGAAUGCCAAUUCAGUGUCUGGUACUUCUUAGCUCUAUGUCCCUGGGCAAGUCAUGUAACCUAAUCUGAAUUUCCCCAUCUGUAGACUGGGGAUAAUAAGGGCAUCUACCUCCUAGGGUUAAGGUGAGGGUGAAAUUGAACAAUGUUUGUAAAAUGUUUUGCAAACAUUAAAUCACUAAGAAAACAUUGGCUAGUUUCAUGAUUAUUCCUUGAAUCAUUAGUGUCAUAGUAAAGCGAGUUGGCUAAAAUAUGGACAUUCUUUUCAUUCAUAUUGAUAUUCAGAAGAGUAGAGGAAGCCAUUUCUUGUCAUGGAUAGACACUGGGUUUACAAUCAAGGAAAACUUGAAUUCAAGGAGUUUGAUGCUCCCUAUCUCUCUAAUUCUGGGCAAGGAAAACCCUCUCUGUGUUUCACUUUACUCAUCUCUGAAAUGAGGAGGUUGGGUUCAGUAGCUUCCAUGGUCCCUUCCGACUCCAAAUGUGUGUCCUCAUCAAAAGUACAUUCACAUGUCUCUUUCCCACAGCCUCUUCCUAUAUUCUAGGACGGAGGCAUUGAAGGCCCAAGUCUGCAAUUGCACCAGACUCCUUGGAAAUAAAGAUCUCGAGAAACUGAAAAGAGAUUAUUUGUGUAUUAUACAAAAGUUCAGCAGAGUAGCCUUGUGUUCAAUUAAUCCAAUAGCUCUGCUACAUUCGCAGUACUUGCUAAGCACUACUAAAUGUUGGAAAACUUAAGUAGUCUUUCAGAAAAGAGACAUGAACCAUUGUAGAUAUGGAUCACACUGUGGACUUCUGGGUCAUGCAAGUAAGAAAAAUGAAAAGGAAAAACAUGUUGGGGGCAGCUAGGUCACAGGAUUCAGGAAGACCUGAAUUCAAAUCCAGCCUCAAACAUUUGACACUUACUAGCCGUGUGACCCUGGGCAAGUCACUUAACCCUCAUUUCCCCACAAAAGAAACAAACAAACAAGCAUAUUGGAGGGUUCUGGGCAAAACAGGCACAUCAACUUACUUUUGAAGCUGUGAGGUUCCUCCAAAUCACAAAAUCUUUGAUUCAGACACCACCAAAGGGCACAUACCUUUCACAAAAGGAAAGGGACCCAAAUGUACAAAAAAGGUGUUAGCAGCUUCUCUUGUCAUAUCAAAGAACCAGAAAGUAACAUGUGAUGUUCUACGAUAAAUACGGCAAAAACUGAACAAGAAUUUUGGUUUGUGAAUGUCAUUCAAUAGCACAGCAUAAAAUGCAGACAAUAUGAGUCGUGGUCUUAUUGGUUUGGAUCAUGUGCUUAUGUGUAUUUUAUAGUUGUCAGGACCUUAGA